GAACACUUUCUCACAACUCACAAGUCUCUCCUUCUUCUCUAUCAUCUCAACAAAGCAUGGCCCUUUACCUCUUCUCUCUCACCCUCCUCUUCUCUCUCGCCCUCCUCACCACGCCCACCCUUUCCCUUUACGAACCCGACCCGGAUUCGGAUUCGAUCUCCUCCACCGUCUACGAGCUCCUCCCCAAGUACGGCCUCCCGAGCGGUCUCCUACCCGACUCCGUCACCAACUUCACCCUCUCCGACGACGGCCGCUUCGUCGUCUACCUAUCCAAGCCCUGCACCAUAGAGUUCGACUACCUCGUCUACUACGAGAAGACCAUAUCCGGACGAAUCGGUUACGGCUCCAUCACCGAGCUCGAGGGCAUUCAGGUGAAGCGGUUCUUUCUCUGGUUCGAUGUAGAUGAGAUCAAGGUCGAUCUGCCUCCCAACGAUUCAAUCUACUUCAAGGUUGGGAUUAUCAACAAGAAGCUUGAUAUUGACCAGUUCAAGACUGUUCAUUCUUGUGGGGAUGAUGGUGUUUCUGGAUCUUGUGGAGGUUCUUGGAUGAGUUUUCUCCAGAUUCCAGAAAUGAUGAAUGAAGCUGAGAUGCUGAUUACCGAGUAAAGUAGUCUCAACAAUCUACCACAACACCACGAAGAUGGAGUUUAGUGUCAGACAACUUUGUACAAAUACGUUCGGUACUCUAGACAAGUCUUUAUAAAGAUUUGGUAAUGAAAAUGUCAAAUAUUUCCUUCAUGUAAAAGUCUUGUUAAAACUCUGUUCCACGAACAUGAUGUAUCCAUAACUACAUGAACUAAAUGUUCCUUAGUACGAUCCU